AUGGGCGUCGCGCACUCGAUAUACACGCAGUCCUUCCCUCCGAAGACGAAGUUCAAGGUGGAAGAUAUUCCUGAUCUUACUGGGAAGGUUGUCAUCGUCACUGGGGCGAACACGGGAGUCGGGAAAGAAACCGCGAAGGCGCUCCUUGCCCACAAUGCGACAGUAUACGUGGCGGCGCGAAGUAAGGAGAAGGCGGACCAGGCCAUUCAGGACCUGAAGAAACAGACUGGCAAGGAGGGGAUUUUCUUGAAGCUCGAUCUUGGGGAUUUGAAGUCGAUCAAGGCGGCGGCCGAGGAGUUCUUAAGCAAGGAAAAAGAACUACAUAUUCUUUUCAACAAUGCCGGAGUGAUGAUGCCCCCUCUCGAGCAAACAACUGCUCAAGGUUACGACCUGCAAUUCGGCACCAACGUCCUGGGACACUUUUAUCUCACCCAACUUCUCCUGCCCGCGCUCCUCGCAGCGGCGAAGACAAGUCCGGACGGCACGGCACGUGUGGUCAAUACAUCCGCCGCGGCUGUGUAUUUCACGAGCAAGGUUGAUUUCAACACGCUGAAAGAUACCCGGGUGAGGAGGAAGAAGGGCGUGUCGAACCUUUAUGCGCAGAGCAAACUCGGAAAUAUACUUGUGGCCAACGAGCUUACGAGGAGGUACGGUGAUCAAGGGAUUGUCGCGAGUUCUGUGAACCCAGGGAAUCUUCGCUCGGACCUACAACGUCAUCUGCCUCGUGCCGUGCAAAAGAUAAUGUAUUCAUUCUUGCAUCCACUGCCCAUGGGCGCUUUGACGCAACUGUAUGCCGGAACUACGUCUCAAGGCGCGGAGCUGGGGGGCAAGUUUCUUAUUCCUUGGGCACGCGUCGGAAAGGUACCAAAAGGAGCGGACGAUCCCAAGUUGGCCGGGGAACUUUGGAAAUGGAUGGAAGAGCAAGUGGCCAAUGUUUAA